GGUGUGGUGAGAGAGUGCUGUGAGCAUGGGUUCUGGCUCCUCCUCUUAUGCUCCCAGAGCUAUCUACCUGGAUAUUGAUGGCAAAGUGCAGAAGGUGCUUUUCAGUUCCCACUGCAGCCCGUGUGACAUCAAAGAGCUGCUGUAUUCCUCCUCUAACAUCCCCAGAAACACAGCCAUUAUGAUGGUGGACCCUGCAGGUGCUCUUGUAUCAAUCGAUCCCACAAUGCCCACCAACACCCCCAACUCACUGUACAAAGUUGUUCCGGUGUCCACUGGCCAGCUGGGGGAAAAGGAGGAUAUGUUUCAGAAUGUGCUCUCGCAGGUAGCAGAGCAGUUCAGCAGAGCAUUCAGGAUUAAUGAACUGAAAACUGAGGUGGCCAAUCGGCUGGCUAUGCUGGAGAAGAGAGUAGAGUUGGAGGGGUUGAAGGUUGUGGAGAUUGAAAAGUGCAAACACGACUUGAAGAAGCUCAGAGAUGAGAUGAGGUCCAGAGCUGGAGGAAGAGUGAAUUGUCCGUGCAAGUACAAUUUUACAGAUGAUGGAAAGAAGUUAACCCCUAGACGUGAUGUUCCGAGCUACCCCAAGUACACACUUUCUCAGGAGACCAUUGAAGCGCUGAAGAAACCAACCUUUGAUGUUUGGCAUUGGGAGCACAAUGAAAUGCUGAGCUGCCUGGAGUACAUGUAUCAUGACUUGGGUCUUGUGAAGGAGUUUAACAUGAACCCAAUCACUCUCAAACGCUGGCUGCUGGCCAUUCAAGAGAAUUAUCGCACCAACCCCUUCCAUAAUUUCCGUCAUUGUUUCUGCGUUAGUCAGAUGAUGUACGGCAUGAUCCACCUCUGCAACCUCCAGGAAAAGCUCACGCUGACAGAUCUGGGCAUUUUAAUGACUGCUGCAGUGUGUCACGACUUGGACCACCCCGGAUACAACAACACGUACCAAAUCAAUGCCCGCACUGACUUGGCUGUCCGCUACAAUGACAUCUCGCCCCUGGAGAACCAUCACUGUGCUGUGGCCUUCCAGAUUCUCUCAUUGCCCGAGUGUAACAUUUUCGCAAACGUGGACCCAGAAUCCUUUAAACAGAUCAGACAGGCUAUUAUCACACUGAUUUUGGCAACGGACAUGGCCAGACAUGGCGAGAUUCUGGACUCUUUUAAGCAUAAAGUGGACUAUUUCGAUUUCACCAAUGAGGAGCAUGUGACUUGCAUGAAGAUGGUCCUCAUCAAGUGCUGUGACAUCUCCAAUGAAGUCAGGCCUUCAGAGGUGGCAGAGCCGUGGGUGGACUGUCUGCUGGAGGAAUACUUCAUGCAGAGUGAUAGAGAGAAAUCAGAGGGGCUUCCUGUGGCUCCCUUCAUGGACAGAGAUAAAGUGACCAAACCUACGGCUCAGAUCGGCUUCAUUAAGUUUGUCCUCAUCCCCAUGUUUGAAACGGUCAUGAAGCUCUUCCCUCAGAUCGAGGAGAUAAUGGUACAGCCUCUCAGAGACUCACGCGACCAUUACGAGGAGCUGAAGCAAAUUGAUGAUGUCAUGAGCGAGGCAAGGAAGAAAAAAAUAGAAAAUAUGUCAUUAGGAGGGAAGAAGAAAUAA